AUGCUUAAUCUUCACCACAUUAAGCUAUUCAGCCUUCUGGAAACCAAGAUAAAGACUCCAAAAUUGGGUGACCUUUAUCUGAAUCUGUGCCCUGGGUGGAAUUUUACCACCAACUUAAGUUGUUGUACUUCUAGCAGGAUUGUGGUUGGUUGGGACCCAUCCUCUUUUAACCUCAACAUUUUAGCCUUGACCAACCAGAGUAUUCAUUGUGAACUGACCUCUCUCAGUACUUGUCUCAAAUUCUGUGUGACAUUCAUCUAUGGGAUGAAUGAUAAGGCUGAAAGAACUAAACUAUGGGAUCAUUUGUGUGAUAUUGGCCUUCACUACAACUCACCUUGGGUAAUUAUGGGAGACAUUAUUGCUCUCAUGGAUAUUGAUGACAGAAUAGGUGGCCCUGUUAGAUUGAGUGAUAUUCAACCAAUGAGGAAUUGUAUGACUUCAUGCCAUUUGGAUACAAUCAAAACCACUGGUAGACAUUAUACUUGGACCAAUAACCAGGAGGGGGAUUCUAGAGUUUUCUCUAGGAUUGAUAGAGUUUUGGCAAACACACAAUGGGGAGAUAUGUUUCCUGAAGCAGAAGCUAAUUUCCUCCCAGAGGAAGAUUUUGAUCAUUGCCCCAUGGUCCUUUGCAGUUUUCCAACUAUACAUGUUAAGAGGCCUUUUAGAUUUUAUAAUAUGUGGACUACUUCUGAUAAGUUCAUCAGUAUUGUGGAUCAAAACUGGCAAAAGAGUGUUCAUGGGUGUCCCAUGUUCAGACUUACACAGAAGCUAAAAUGGCUCAAAACUGACCUCAGAGCUCUUAACAAGCAAGGUUUCAAUGAUGUUGAAGCUGAAGAUAUCAAAAUGCAUUGCAUUCUUCUGGAAGUUCAAUCUAAAAUGCAUGCAGAUCCUAGCAACACAAGCUUGGCCACUUUGGAGAAAGAAGCUGAUGCAGCUUAUCUCAAAGCUCACACCACCUACACUUCCUUCAUCCAACAGAAAGUCAAGAUUGACUAG